UUGUGCAACCAUUUUGGAACAUCAUUCACUGACCCUGUCGUCAUAUGAUGGACUAUAAAAGACAUUAACAUUCACUUUAAUUAGCCUUAAAUCGUCUUAGACAAAGGACAUCACGUUGUCAUCAUGCAAGCCCUGGUUGUCUUCCUCUCUGUCAUUGUGGUGUGCUACUCUGCUACCACCCAUCGUCCCCACACUGGUCACCACACUGGCUCGACCGCUGCCCAUUCAACUCACGAGCCCCAUGAGUUCGAGACCGUUUCGUUUCAGUUCCAGGGAGUUACGGGUCACCUCAUUGUAACAGUGCACGCCGACAAGACAACGUUCAACUGCUACAUCGGCACCCUAAGUGACGCCGAGCAUGCGCAGAUCCACACUGACGCCGGCAUGAGGGCCGUCGAGUUGAGAGUGCUCGCCACGCUUACAAGCGCAACAUUGGUAACGGACUCGACGACGCUGGACAAACAUGACGUUCACUCGUGUGGUACUCAUGGCAGCAUAGCAACUACUUUUUAUACCAUCACGGCCUGAUUCGACCACAACGAAUAUCAAUAAUAGUCACAAUGGUGUAUUGUUAACUGAGAGUCGAUUAUGGCUUUGGCUUAAAUAUCGCAACUGUGUAACAACUUUCAUUUGAUAAAGACGUGAAAAAAAUACAAUUAACGUAGCGUUUAGUGUGUUUUCGUUUCUAAUGUAACAACUUUCAUUUGAAAUAGACGUGGAAAAAAAUUAAAUUAACGUAGCGUUUA